UGUUCCUCAAAUACCCUUUGCAGUGCUCUAAGGAUCAUCCUUUUCAAUCGCUCGUCUCGUUCUGGGGAUGAAAAAGCUUCUUUCUAUCUUUAUCUGAAAAAAAGGGCUUUUCAGAGACGAUUAAUGGUGGGUUUUUCCCUAUAGGCUUCCGUAUACGCGGUAUUCAUAAAAGAGGGAGCAAUCAUGGAAUGAAAUUUUCUGUGGAUUGGGCGCAAUCCAGCGGCCAUACGAUGGAAGAUUGCAACAUGGUCACUGAAACUGAUGGAAGAAAUGGGGCUGGCCCUGCAUAUGAAUUUUCAUUCUAUUAUAUUGAUGAUAAAACUUCUUUGGAAAAUGAACCUGUAUACAUUGAUAAAGAUGACAGGUUUAUUCAGGAUUAUAGAUUUGAUGUCUCUAAGUUGGAACCUUCAGCUGCACAGGUAAUGAAGUGUGAAGUUCCCAUGCAUCUCUUCCAGGCCACCCAUGAGGCCUGGAAGGAUAUAGAUAUUGAUUUCAAGUUUCAGGAUCAGGUGGAAAAACUUAUUCCCAGAUCUUUGGGGAAGCUAGCUUUGAUUCGUUUGUCCAUCCAAGUUUUUCUGUUUGCUUGCAUAGCCCUUGAGGAAAUGCUCACAGUAAUUAACCUCAGGUAUGCAUCUCUAUCACAAACAGGAAUUUUCCUUACAGGUUGUGCCUUAAAAAUACACAGAUCUACUCACCUUACAUAGCUGCAGCAUUAGCAUUCACACACCUGUGUUACAAGGUAAAUGUAGAAUAAUGAUUCAGUGCAUAUUUUAGGAGAGAGGUCUCUCUCAUUUUGAUGGUCUUGCAAGCAGGGUCAAGAAAUAUACUACCACAAACUUCACAGUUAAGUGGUAUUGCCUUUGUCCUUCAAAGGGGAGGGCAAGGAGUUCAACCCACCCUUAAAAAAAAAAAAAUUUCAGGGUGGGGUGAAGAAAUUGUUGUCUUAUAUGAUUAUUUGUAUUUUUAUGGAUAUGAAUGUAUUUCAAAGCCUAUACUUUAUUUGUGGCUGAUUAAUCUUAAAUUUUUAAUGAAAUGCUUUUUUUAUUU